CGCUGCGAGUUCUUACAGUUGGUGGAUAUUACAAGAACUGCUGAGGUUGCACGUGCUGAAAUCAUUCUAAUUUCUUCGCAUCUGAGACAGCAUCUCUUUAAAUAUGUCUGAGGCCUUUCUGAAAGCAGCUGAAGAGGUGAAGAAGUUGUCGAAGCAACCUAGCGAUCAAGACAUGCUGGAAGUUUAUGCUCUUUACAAGCAAGUUACCGUCGGAGAUUGCAACACAGAAAGACCUGGAUUUUUAGAUAUGACUGGAAAAGCCAAGUGGGAUGCCUGGAAUGGCAAGAAAGGUACACCCAAAGCAGAAGCUGAAGCAGCCUAUAUUGCAAAGGUGGAGGAACUGAAGAAGGCAGAUAGUUGAUUUAAAUUGGAAAUUAAAACUUUGUCUUCCAGAAA